AAAGCCCGGUGUCCACGAUGCUAGAAAUCGGUCCGAGUUCUCGGUCCCAGAUCUCGGACAAUAAUGUUUACACUCGAACAAACAUAGAUAGCGCUGUAAUCGAGUUACGAUUCUAAUUUCAAUCUGUGUCAUAUGUACCAACAUGAACGCCAAAUCGAACAAAAUACUAAGUUCUAACCUUAAAAAGAAAUUGUAAAUGCUUCGUUUGUAUAGUGUGAUUCUAUUCUGAAACAAAAUUUAAUACAAUACGAAAUCUUCGAAAAAUUAUAUUAAAAUUGUGUACUCAUAUUUUGUCUGCUACAAUGUCUGUUAAAUUGAAGCAAUUAAUCGCAAUUGCUUCACUAGUUGAAAUUGUGGAGGAAGAAGAAAAGGAUACAAUAAAGAAAGUACGAGAAAAAAAGCGUCAUCGAAUAUGGACACGGGAAUGGAUAUCCCGAAGAAAUCGCGAAUUACGAGGCACAAUUAAUUUAGCUCAUAUAGAGCUGAGAAAUGAGGAUGCUGAUUAUUUUCAAAGAUUUUUUGGAUUGCGACAUGAUUUAUUUGAUCGACUUCUGGAACUAGUAACACCUUAUAUACAACGUCAAAAUACUAAUAUGAGAGAAUGUAUAUCUCCUAAGGAACGAUUGUCACUAACUCUGAGAUUUUUGGCUACUGGUGAGAGUUAUAGAAGUUUAGAAUAUUCAACAAGAAUUCCAGCAUGUACAAUUUCUCGAAUAAUUCCUGAGACAUGUCGUGUUAUAUAUGAAGUUCUUCGAGACGAUUACUUGCGGAUACCAACUACAACUGCUGAAUGGGAAGAAAUAGCAAAUAAGUAUCUUGAAAUGUGGAACGUUCCAAAUUGCAUUGGUUCCCUCGACGGUCGACAUAUAGAAUUUAAAGUACCACUUCAAGAUGGAUCAUUUUAUCGAAAUUAUAAGGGAACGAACAGUAUUGUUCUCUUAGGAUUAGUCAAUGCCCAUUAUCAAUUCAUGUAUAUCAAUGUCGGUGUUAAUGGUAGGGUAAGCGAUGGAGGGGUGUUUCGUGACAGUGACUUAUCGCAAUUUAUAAAUGAUCCACAAAAUACACUUAAUGUGCCUAGAGAUAAACCAUUACCUGGUAUGAAUGAACCUGUUCCUUAUGUCAUUUUAGCUGACGCUGCCUUUCCGUUACAAAAUCAUAUAUUAAAACCUUAUCCAUCACGAAAUUUAUCGUAUGAUGAGCGAAUAUAUAACUAUAGAUUAAGUAGAGGUAGAAGAAUCGUCGAAAAUGCGUUCGGUAUUUUAGCAAACAGAUUUCGCGUUCUUUUAACACAAAUUUACCUUCCUGUUGGGACAGUUCAACAAAUAACUCUUGCAUGUUGUGCUUUACACAAUUAUCUUUCUAAAGAAAAUGCUACUUACUUACUUGGAGCUGUAGACUUUGAAAAUGUAGAAGAUCGAGCUGUACUACAUGCUCCAUGGAGAAAUGAUAACGUACAGUUACGCAAUUUAGAAAUUAUUAAUGUAAGACCUAACAGAAAUGUAAUGCAUAUUCGUAACGUUUUUAAAGAAUAUUUCAACAGCGUUGGGAGAGUGGAAUGGCAAGAUUUUAUGGUUUAACUUUCUAUCAAAUUUUUAUAUAUGUACUGCUGUUUAUUAUAAAUGUAUUAUAUAUGUAUUGCUUAAACUUUUUAUGCAUAUAUUAAUAAAUAUAUAAUCUUACAUAAUUAAAUGUAUUAAUAUUUUUUAUUAUAACAGAUACAUAACAAAGAUAAAUUAAACGCCUCACCAUUCUUCUUCUUUUCGUCUCGAGAACUCUCUAAUGCUUUAAAUUAAAUCCUUGUA